AUGCGCUACACAACCUUCACUCUGGCAGCAGCCAUCGUCGCUGUCCAUGCCCAAAAUGCGUGCCAGGACGCCUACAAGGCAUGCGUUGCAGCCGGCACCCCAGACAUCGCCUGCUCAUGCACCUUGACCGCCUGCCUGGGAGAAGACGACCUUCGCAACCGAGAAUACUGCUCCUCCGCCACUGCCAACCUACCAACGUCCACCUCUUCGUCUUCCUCCUCAUCUUCGUCUUCGGCUUCCGUUAUCACUGGAACUGCAGGAUCUCAACCACCCGGCCAGACUGCCAUCACCGCCGCAGAGGGCUCGCUCCAACUGGGCGAGACCUGCUCCGACAGCAAGCAAUGUGCCAACGGCGCUGACUGCUACGGCACCACCUCCUUCACCAUCCGAAGAUGCGGAAACUUCAACGCCGAGUGCACGACAGACUCUCAGUGUGCUUACAACACCUGCAGCAAUGGCCUCUGCUCCGGUUUCUUGGCUUCCUCGGCAUACCUGGCCAACACUGUCUCCCAGACUAGCGCUCCGGCGUCUUCGUCUGCUCCCACUUCGACGGGAUACAGCUGGUCCACCUCGACUGCAUCCGAAUACGCGUCUUCGUCGUCCACCUCGGUUGGAUACGCUUGCAACCCAGCCCAUGAGUACCCCGAAGGACAACAGUGUGUCUACACCAACGGUGGACUCACCCUCGUCUCUGCCAGUACCACCGCUGCUGGAGCUGCCUCGAGCGCUACCGCACCCUCCGUGCCAACGUAUGGCGCUGGGGUCGUGCCAGCCUACGGCGCUGGAAAUGGAACCACCGGUGUUGCAGCUACUGGCACUGGAGCCACGGUCCCAUCUCACACUGCCAUCGUGCCAUACACUGGUGCUGCCAGCGUUGCUGGUGUCUGCAGCGGUGUCAUGGCGGUUGCUGCCGGCGCUUUGGCAUUUGUCUUGUAA